GGUAUUGAGGGAGCUAGGCCCGCUAAGCCCAAGUGUGCGCCGGGGUUUCUUGCCUUUCUUCCGCCAAUGUUGAGGGAAAAAAAUUAUAUCUCAAAAUAUCUUUAGAAAAGGAAGUCCCAGCGCUCGGAGGCUUAGCUGACAGAGAAGGGGGUUGCGUGGCUGCGAGUCUCAGAACUACUGUUUGGGAGCCCCAAAACCAGUGCUGGCACCCGCGCCGCACGGGCGCGCAGUUCCUUCCCCGGUAGGUAACUCGGAAGAGCCGGGAGGGUGGCGGCCUCAGGGCGCAGGAUCGGGCAAACCUGACGCUCAGGAGCUCGGCUACCGAAAACCAGAAUGGCCACGCGUUGUAGAUGGAAGCCUGCAGUGCCAGCAUCCAGGCUGGAGGCAGUAAAGAUUGCCGCGAGUUCAAGGCCAGUGAGCUCCAGGCUGGACAACAGAAUGAGCGCCAGACCAGCAUGGGUUAAGCGAUUUGAAGACCAGCCUAAGCUACUGAAUAAGUUUGAGGGUAGCCUGGGUUACAGAGUGCAUUCGAGGCCAGCCUGGGCCACAGAGUGAGUUGAAGACCAGCCUUGGCUACAUAGCAAGUUCAAGGACAGCCUAUGCUACAUACUAAGACCCACUCUCAAACAUCCGUAAAAAACAAUAUAGAGACAAAAAACAAACAAACAAAAAAACCCAAAAAACAAAACAGAAGAAGCAACAGUACCUGGGAGAAGACUCUGGAAAUGAGUAAGGGUUUUCUGCAAGGGUGAGGCUAGAGCAUGGGAACCCCGAAACCGCUUAUUUUGCCCUGGCUGGUGUCACAGCUGGACCAGGGGCAGCUGAAAGGCGUGGCCUGGCUGGACGAGAACCGGACAAAAUUCAGGAUCCCGUGGAAGCAUGGCCUACGGCAGGACGCACAGAUGGCUGACUUUGGCAUCUUCCAGGCCUGGGCAGAAGCCAGUGGUGCCUAUACCCCGGGGAAGGAUAAGCCAGACCUGUCAACCUGGAAGAGGAAUUUCCGGUCAGCCCUGAACCGGAAAGAAGUGUUGCGGUUAGCUGAAGACAGGAGCAAGGACCCUUUCGACCCUCAUAAAGUGUAUGAGUUUGUGACUCCAGGAGCGAGGGACUUCGUACAUCUGGACACCUCUCCUGACACCAAUGGCAGAAGCAGCCUGCCUGACACACAGGAAGACCUACCAGAGUUAUUUGACAUGGCUUUAGGGCCCCUCACAGAUGAGGGGUCCGAUGUGAACAACUUCCCAAACCCAGCACCCCAAGAAAAUCCACUGAGGCAGCUGCUAGCUGAGGAACAAUGGGAGUUCGAGGUGACCGUCUUCUACCGAGGCCGCCAGGUCUUCCAGCAGACACUUUUUUGCCCGGGGGGCCUGCGGCUGGUGGGCAGCACAGCUGACAACAUGACACUACCCUGGCAGCCAGUCACCCUGCCCGAUCCUGAGGGGUUUCUGACAGACAAGCUUGCGAGGGAGUACGUGAGGCAUGUGCUCAAAGGGCUGGGCAACGGGCUGGCACUGUGGCGGGCGGGACAGUGCCUCUGGGCCCAGCGCCUAGGCCACUCGCAUGCCUUCUGGGCUCUGGGUGAGGAGCUGCUUCCUGACAGUGGGAGAGGGCCCGAUGGAGAGGUCCCCAAAGACAAGGACGGAGGCGUGUUCGACCUCAGGCCCUUCGUGGCAGAUCUGAUUGCCUUCAUGGAAGGAAGUGGACACUCACCACGCUACACUCUGUGGUUCUGUGUGGGGGAAAUGUGGCCCCAGGACCAGCCGUGGAUCAAGAGGCUUGUGAUGGUCAAGGUUGUUCCUACAUGUCUUAAGGAGCUGUUAGAGAUGGCCCGGGAAGGGGGAGCCUCCUCACUGAAAACCGUGGACUUGCACAUCUCCAACAGCCAGCCUAUCUCCCUUACCUCUGACCAGUACAAGGCCUGUCUCCAGGACCUGGUGGAGAACAUGGACUUCCAGGCCACUGGAGAGACCUGAGCCCCACUCAGCUGUUACCAAUAAAGCAGUUCA